UGGCAAUAUCUGCCCCUGAGGCUGAGUUACGGUGUUGCGUUAUUGGGAAGACGUUGCAGAUGAUGCAAAUAAAGAGUGACGAUUCGAGUUGGUGCUGUUGUGAACGAAGACUCGCCACCAAAAUUUGUUUUUCUUGGUGGUUUCAAGCCAUAGAGUGAAACUUCACUGGAAAAUGUAGACUUACGUGCCAUUGGUAAUGAUUCUCCUAUGGCUGAAAUUGAACCAGAAAUCUCUAUCGAUAGUCUUAUAGAUCGUCUACUGUGCUUUCACAGAAAUCGACGCUGUAAAGCCGCUGCCCUUACAGAAGGAGAAAUGAGAGCGUUGUGUCUCAGUUCACGCGAAAUAUUUCUGUCCCAGGAGACGCUGCUGGAAUUGGAGGCUCCGCUAAAUAUUUGUGGCGACAUACACGGUCAGUUCGUCGAUCUUCUUCGGCUGUUCGAACGUGGCGGAUUCCCACCGCAUUCGAAUUACCUCUUCCUCGGUGACUACGUAGACAGAGGACAACAGUCUCUGGAGACGAUAUGCCUUUUGCUCGCAUACAAAAUCAAAUACCCGGAGAACUUUUUCUUGUUGAGAGGGAACCACGAGGCUGCGGGCAUCAACGGGGUGUACGGGUUUUACGACGAGUGCAAGAGACGGUACAAUGUGAAAGUGUGGAAGACUUUCAACGACUGCUUCAACUGCUUGCCGGUGGCUGCGGUGGUAAGCGACAGGAUUUUCUGCUGCCACGCUGGCCUAAGUCCUGAGCUGCGUAACCUCAACCAAAUACGUGAGAUAAUGAGGCCGACAGAUGUGCCAGAUAAAGGAUUACUCUGUGACCUCUUGUGGUCUGACCCCGACGCCAGUAUAACCGGCUGGGGCCCCAACGAAGAGAGGGGUAUUUCUGUGACUUUCGGAGCGGAUGUUGUGGAGCAGUUCCUGCGCCAGUACGAUUUCGACCUCGUCUGCAGAGCUCACCAGGUAGUGGAGAACGGUUACCAGUUCUUCGCACAGCGACAGUUAGUGACGAUAUUCUCAGCACCUAACUACUGUGGAGAAUACGCCAACGCAGGUGCCAUCAUGGCUGUUGAUGAAUCGUUGAAAUGUUCCUUCCUAAUAUUUUAUGAAAGCGGUAGAAAGCUGUAGUGUGCUCUUAACGACAGUGUGAGUCUCGACCUUUGGAAAUGAUGCCACUGUGGCAAAUCACUCAUUCAAAAAGUGGAGUCAGUGAAACAAGACGUGUGUGAGGCAAAUUUGUAGGAUAAUAUCUUAUGUUUUCCUUUGAAACACUCAUUGUAUUAUUUUAUUGUAUAUCGUUUAGCUACUUUCCGAUGGGAAAUAAUAUCUUGUUGCUUGAAGUUUA